GCCGUGCCCACCCGGGAUGGAGACGCGCGGGCGCCGCAGCCCGCGAGGGCCUCGGGGGAGCCGCCCGCGCGCGGCCUGACCGCCGUCCCCGCCGAGCGGCCGCGGGCGCGCGCACAGGCCGUCCGCGCUCGGCCCCGCCCCGCCCCUCGGCUGUCCGCGGAGCCGGCGGCGGGCGGCGGCGGCCGGAGGCAGCAUGGGCGGCGCGGCGGCGCGGGCGGGCCCGGCGCGGGUGGCGGCGCUGGCGCUGCUGGCCUGCGGCCUGUGGCGGGCGCGGGCGGACCCCGCGAGCCAGGAGUACUACACGGCGCUCAUCAACGUGACGGUGCAGGAGCCGGGCCGCGGCGCCCCGCUCACCUUCCGCGUCGACCGCGGGCGCUACGGGCUCGACUCGCCCAAGGCCGAGGUCCGCGGCCAGGUGCUGGCGCCGCUGCCCCUCCACGGAGUUGCUGAUCAUCUGGGCUGUGAUCCUCAAACCCGGUUCUUUGUCCCUCCUAAUAUCAAACAGUGGAUUGCCUUGCUGCAAAGGGGAAACUGUACAUUUAAGGAGAAAAUCUCCCGGGCUGCUUUCCACAAUGCAGUUGCUGUAGUCAUCUACAAUAAUAAAUCCAAAGAGGAUCCUGUCACCAUGACUCAUCCAGGCACUGGAGAUAUUAUUGCUGUCAUGAUUACAGAAUUGAGGGGUAAAGAUAUUUUGAGUUAUCUGGAGAAAAACGUCUCUGUACAAAUGACCAUAGCUGUGGGAACUCGGAUGCCACCAAAGAACUUCAGCCGGGGCUCUCUAGUCUUCGUGUCAAUAUCCUUUAUUGUUUUGAUGAUUAUUUCUUCAGCAUGGCUCAUAUUCUACUUCAUUCAGAAGAUCAGGUACACAAAUGCACGUGACAGGAACCAGGUGAGCUACCAAUACUCUGUCGCAGUUGGCUCAUGGACAUCUGUCAUUGUCAUACAUAUUGCUCGCUUUUUUUCCAUUCAAAACAAAGUAAGUUGUAACUAACCUUCAGUCAUUUUAAUAGUUGAAAAAGAUACCAAGAGUAUUGUAAGGGCAAUUUAAAUGCCUGAAAGGGGAAAUUUUCAGAUUUAUGGAAAUCACUUGGAGUAUUCUGGGUAGGUAAAUAGCUUAGUAUCGUAAUGUGGUCCAGCUAAUUCUGUUCGCGUGGAGAAAUGUCACAGCGCUGCGUUUGAAACUGGACAUGUGAGUGUCUCGGGAGGGGAAAGCCAGGUGGCUGGGAGAGGGGGUCAUCCUGUAUGUUCCAUGCAGAGUUUUCCCGUGAG